UGUGUGUGUGGGGCAGUGCUGAAAUUUGUUCAGCUUGUAGAAGGGCCGAGGGAGAGAAACUAACGGGAACUACUGAGGGAGCGACCCGCUGUGUCUUCAAUACUUUCUCAUCUCAUUUUCCUAACAGAUAAAUAGAGAAGAUCUGAAGUGCGAGUUUUCACACCCUGCUGAUAUGUUUACAAGCUAGGGGAAAGACGAGACGCUGACCCUCUUCUUCCACAAAAAUCUACCAGUGGCUGUUUUGGACUGUGGUGAUCAAAGUGGAGAUUAGAACAUCCCCCUCAAACCUGAGACCCACUGCACAAAAGUCUGUGAGAUUCCACGAACAAGACCUCAGAGAUAGGGUGCAGAUAAGAGAGGUGUGAAAAGUAGAGGACAAGUGUGUAAGUCAGCCCGGGACAGCUCUAUUGAAAUUCAUGAUUUUUUCCCCCCUGCCCCUUGGUGAUGCUUUAUAAGCCUGAAACUCAGAGCAAGCCAAGGAAUUAGGUCAUGCUAGCCCAUGAAAGAGCUCUUUUUGGACAUUUUAUUCUAGUCUUGUCUGUUUUGAGAAUAUGACCCUGAGGUUGGUGUUACUGGGACAGACUGGUUGCUGAAAGCCAAUUCCACCAUGUCCUGGAAAAGGAACUACUUUGCAUCAGGCAGCAGUGGGCUGCAGGGCAUCUUUACCCCACGCACCAUGACCUCCAUUGCUCCCAGCAAAGGGCUCAGCAAUGAGCCAGGACAGAACAGCUGCUUCCUCAACAGUGCUCUGCAGGUCCUCUGGCACCUGGAUAUUUUCCGCAGAAGCUUCAGGCAGCUAACCACACACAAGUGCAUGGAGGACUCUUGCAUCUUCUGCGCUCUCAAGAGCAUCUUCGUGCAGUUUCAGUACAGCACAGAAAAGGUGUUACCUUCUGACGCUCUGCGUACGGCUCUGGCCAAGACGUUUCAGGAUGAGCAGCGCUUCCAGCUGGGCAUCAUGGACGACGCUGCUGAGUGCUUUGAGAACAUCCUCAUGCGUAUCCACUUUCACAUCGCUGAUGAGAGCAAGGAGGACAUCUGCACGGCAAAACACUGCAUUCCACACCAGAAGUUUGCUAUGACGCUCUUCGAGCAGUGUGUGUGUGGUAGCUGUGGAGCGUCAUCAGAUCCUCUGCCCUUCAUUCAGAUGGUGCACUACAUCUCCACCACCUCUCUGUGUAACCAGGCUGUAAGGAUGUUGGAGUGCAGGGAGAAACCAACUCCUGAUAUGUUUGGGGAGCUUCUUAGAAACGCCAGCACCGUGGGAGACCUGCGCAACUGUCCAGGUAACUGUGGAGAAAAACUCCGUAUUCGUCGCGUGCUCAUGAACUCUCCCGAGAUCAUCACCAUCGGCCUGGUGUGGGACUCGGAAAACUCAGACCUCGCUGAGGAUGUCAUUCACAGCCUGGGCACCAUCCUGCGUCUCGGAGACCUCUUCUCCAGGGUGACAGAGGAGAAGGCCAGACAGGCAGAGCUCUACCUAGUGGGCAUGGUGUGUUACUACGGCAAACACUACUCCACUUUCUUCUUCCAGACCAAGAUCCGGAAAUGGAUGUAUUUCGAUGAUGCACAUGUCAAAGAGAUUGGGCCGAAAUGGAGGGAUGUGGUGUCUCGUUGUAUAAAGGGUCAUUACCAGCCGCUUUUGCUGCUCUACGCUGACCCCCGUGGCACACCGGUGUCUAUACAGGACCUGACGUCUCGUUUGGACCUUCACCACUACACCAAAACCUACUACGACAGUGAGGACUCUGGGCGUGAGCCGUCCAUUUCGAGUGACACACGAACAGACUCCUCGACAGACAGCUACAGCUAUAAACAUUCCCACUCGCACCACGAGUCUAUGGCCUCACACUUCUCAUCAGACUCCCAAGGAACCAUAGUUUGCAACCCUGAAAACGGUGCAUCGCAUAGCAGUCUGGAUACUACAGGCCCUUUGACUGACAGCGAGCCUGCUCAGCGUCACACACCUAGAAAAAUUGGGAUCACAGAUAGGAAGAGUGGAGUCGUGGACAGGAAGAGGAGUGCCAGCCGACCCCGCCGAUUUGAGGAGAGAAGUCGAUCCUCUAAGACUGACGAGGUGUCUUCUGCAGGAUACCACAGUGAAGGCGAGACUCUGAAAGAGCAACAGGUCCCUCGGGGCACUCCUAAACCCUGCUCGAGCCGACUGCGGGACUUUAAGGAAAGCAUGAGCAGCAUCAUCCUAAACCGGCCACUAUCCGCCGACAGCACCAGCAGCGAGUCCAGGUCCAGCUCCGGUGGAGGACAGUACAGGCCAGCCUGGAAACCACGCCGAGACACUCUCAACAUCGACAGCAUCUUCAGCAGGGAGAGACGCAAGCAGGCCGGCUACGCGCCACUGGGCACCGUAUUACCUGAGGAUCCCAGCCACAAGGGGGCGCUGACAGGCUCACUAGCUCAAAUGGGUUUUGGCGCCAGUUCUGCAUCUAAGACGCUGCCAUCAGCUCAGGGGAAGAGGAUGGAACCUCCUCGGCUCAUCCAGAGGAUGGAGAGCGGGUAUGAAAGCAGUGAGAGGAACAGCAACAGUCCGGUGAGCCUGGACAUCCCCAUUAAUGAGGGAGCUGUGAACGGAUCACACAGUUUAAAAGACACAGGUUUGAUGAAGCCUCCCCCCGGUGUCGGCCCCGCAUGGAAGAGUGUACAGAAGUCAAAAAGCAGCAGUUCCCUCCUGCAGGAUGUCAAAGCCUCCAUCAGAGGAACCAGUCAUAUGAGCCCAGCCUCAGAGGGCCGAAGCGAGCUGGACGAGCUCCAGGAGGAGGUGGCACGAAAGGCAAAAGAACAGGAGAUGCAGAGGAGGCAAGAAAAAGAGAAAGAAGCAGCCAUGGGCUUCAACCCCAAACCCAGCAAGUUCAUGGACCUGGAUGAGCUGCAGAACCAAGGUAAAGGGGACGGUUUUGAGCGGUGUGUGCUGGACGCUGAAGCUCUGUUAGAUCAGUCUCUGAGGCUGGAGCAGGCAGGCGAGGUCGCUGCCGCACUCUCUGUGGUUAACGAAGCCGUGUCCAAACUCAGGCAUGCCAUGCAUGAGGGCAGUGCUAACGGGCAGGGCAGGACAGUGGCUGAGGCCCGACAGCAAAAGUGUAUGAGGAGGGCGCGAGGCCUGCAGCAGCGCAUGCAGCAGCAGGAGAAACAGCAGCAGCAACAACAGCAGCAGCAAGAGGAGAAGGAGGAGGUGGAGGAGGAGAGGGAGGAAGAGCAGGAGCAAAAGCUGCCUUUCAGUGAACAGCCUGUCAAGAUCCAAAUACUUCUGACAGAUGCUCAAGAAGAGGUUGUGGAUGCGCUCUCAGAAUCUUCCUUAGGCCCACCAUUACCAUCCUCCAUCAUGCCCCAUUCCCCUGCUCCAUCCACUCCCGAUCUCUCCCACUCCUACUUCAGAGAGAGCCCUGAACAUCGUUCAUCCAGCGAUUACCGCCAGCGUCAACACACUCACUCAGACUCACAGGAGCGUUCCUCUUCUUCUGCCUGCUCCACCUGUAAACCUAGUGCCAGCCCUGUGUCUGUGUUCGCAGUAAACAGCCCCCCCCAGAUGCCUUCACCAGCCAGAGACAGACCCGAAGCUCACACACACGGACACAAUCAUCACCCACCUGUGUCCCGGAGCUUCAGCGUCCCUCGCUCUUCCUCUUCUUCUGACCACUACAGCUUAGAGGAGAAGCCGCAGAUGCUCCACCCACAACAUUCACCACAUAUCAACCCUCUGCCACCACAGCAUCAUGAUACCCUUCCACCUGCACAGAAUUCUAUCCCAUCUUCCCCUUCAUCUUCCUGCCUCAUACCACGCUCCAACUCACCGGCCAGGCCUAUGCCUGUAGAGCGCUGGGCUGAAAACGUCACCAGAUACUACAACUCCCAAAAUGCUUCGCAGCCAUGUGGCUCGCCUUGUGAAGAAUUGUCUGAACUCGACUCACUCUACAGAGCCAGCUUGCGGGCUCCCAGCAAACCCAGAGGCUCUAGCGGGCCCAGUCCACACCCCACCGGAAGACAAGGUCCUGCAGCAGCACGCAGACUCGUGUCUGGACACUCAGGCUCGCUUGGUCGCUCCAAAACACCCACUGCUGAGAUUGAAAGGAGUGCCUACAGAACACCAGAAUACAUCAGCACUCCAGAACACAGACCUGUUACGCCUACGGUGUGUGACGUACCGGUGAGUGAGGAUCAGAUGUACAGUGCUGAGAAUCUGCGUCGCAUAGCUCGCAGUCUGAGCGGCACAGUCGUCAGAGGACGGGCCGAAAACGCUGUUCCUUCUCGCAGCUUUGACGCCCCUGCUUCGAGAAUUGCUAAGCAUGCGGAUCCUCGAUUGAACCCACGCCACUCCAACACCUCCCUGCAUGCGGCACCUGUUACCCACAAUCCUUCAGUUUUCUCCCACCACCCUGAGCACCAGUACCUGCACCCACCUCAGCAGCAACCUCCCCUUCUUCCUCCAUCACAGCGGCCCACUCGAGGACAUCCAGGGUCUGCAGGAGAUCCCCAGAAGGUGGACAGGUUUCUGGCUGUGCUUGACCGGGGUGAAGCUUUUGCCCACAGUAGCUCCCACAAUGUGGCGAUGAGCUACGGGACUCUUCCUCGGGCGCCCCGGAGAUCAGCUCCUCCUGCUCCAUCCAUGACUCAGGCCAGAGUUGGACAAGCUGCUCGCCCCGAGGCCUGGAACUACAAAGAUCCCCGUUAUGCCACCCUGGCUCACUCAGGCCACUCGGCGCCCGCUAGCAGACCUGUGGACAUUCCUCAACGCCAACCUCAACGUGCCAGCUUACCCAGACAGCCGCUGUCUGUGCCCGCUGCUCAGCCCACGCGUAUGGAUAUGCCACCAGAGGGAGACUGGAGGACUGCUACGUUCAGAGCAGGUCACCCGGAUGGCCAGGUGUACAGAACCCGACGUGGUUCUCACGUUCAGCUCUGUUCCCUGUGCCAGCAGUCUCCAGCUGAGCCCAUGGGCCCCUACUGCCAGGCCUGCAUUACCUACAGAAAUCGCUACAGGCAGGCCAACUAAGCGCCACCUCAUGGAAAUUCCAGCUCCAUGUACAUGAUCAUGUCACAUACAUACAUACAUACAUACAUACAUACAUACAUACAUACAUACAUACACACACAUACAUACAUACAUACAUACACACACACACACACACAUACACACAUAAAUCUAUAUGAUGAUGAGUAAAAAUGAAGGAGCAUCAUACACCAGCUCAUUUCUUUCCUUUGCUUACUGCUUUCAACUCCUUCACCUUGCCCUGUUGGUUGAGUCCUACUUUUACAAACCUUUUUUUUUUUCUUGAAGAAGAAUGGCCUCUAACUGAUGGUGUGAUGCAUCACAUCUGCACUGUGCGUGUCAUGCCGGCUGAAGACUGUUUUAGACUCUGGAUUUAGACUUCUCAGUCACCUUUUAACGGCUUAACUCAAACGGGAAGAACUUAAUCCAUUCCUUGAAUGACCUGCCAGUUUGAUUGGUAUUUAACUAGUGUUUUGGUAAGAGUGCAUUUUUUUUUUAUGAGGACACGAAGCACAAAUUCAAGACAAGACAGACAAAGCUUACUAUUUUUGGAUUACUGAACCAUAGGCCUGGAUUAUACAACUGACACUCAUUUUAUUAUAGAUUUCUGAAUAACUUCUUGCAUACUAGAAUAAGCUGAGUGAAGUAAAUUAUAAGGAAAUGUGAAAGAGGUAAUAGCAGUGGAGUAGAAAUGUUGCACUGUGAUGAGAAGCGAAGAGAACAUUUUCAUUUGUUUUUGUUCUAGUUUCAUGUCAUGUCAAGUGGCUCACUGAAAAGCACUCAUGACAUAAAUAGGAUCAUCUAUUUCAGUAUAAAAUUUGACAAACUUGUCACAUGAAAAUAAUAGUCUAAGAGAUUUUAAAGGCAUUCUAAAUCUGAAAUAUCAGUGUUAAACUCACCAACAUGCCAGGUACAGCAGUUCAGAAGAAGACCUGCAACUUUUUUUGCUCAGCAUUAACGCUAAUGAAGAGUCUGGUUCGGGUUUAUUAAAGAUAAAACAUAUCUGUUUUACUCUUAAAAAUUUAGCUACUCUGCGUCUGGCAGGUAUUUUAUUUUAUUUUAUAAAUCUACAAUGUAACCGAAACCAAAACUGUGAAGUGAGCUGAGAAUUUUGUAUCAUUUAGAAAACCUAAUGCAUUAAGUAGUUCUUUGAACGCAGGCCAAUUAACCCACAGCAGCAUCACAAUAUAUAUACAGCCAUGAGAUGCUACUGAUUACUUCAGUAUUUAAGAUUUAAUCAUCUUGCUUCAGACCAUUUAUACAACUGCAUGGUACACAUAGCUUCAGUUAAAGCAGAAGUGGUAUUUAAAGCCCUUGGUUGCUUGAGACCUAGUCUUACCUGACUUCCUGUUCUCUACAGUUGACCCCAUCCCCUUUGUUACAGCAACAUAUAUCUUGAGAGUUGCCUUUGAA